AUGCUGUUUGUGAGGUUGGAGAAUGCUGUGAAGAAGUCAGACAUAAACGGAGCUCUGUGUUCUCACACAGCCCAAAACGGUAAACCUGUGUGUGGGGAGAGAGGCCGGUUUCAGUGGGAAUUAAACCCCAGAAUGAAUCCAGAGCAGGAAGGCCCAUUGGCCAUGGGAGGCUCCAGGGUGAAGGUGUGGGCUGUGUCUCUAGGCUUAGUGCUCUUGCUGUGUGUGCUCCACUCCAAUGCCCAGGAAGACUACUCCAGCGGUAACAAUUCAGGUGAAGACCAUACAUAUGAUGGUUCUCUAGUAAAUGGAUAUGAAGGCGAGUUUGGAGACCCACAGCCUGGUAUGAUCAUUUCAUCUGAAAUCUGCAAAAACAUGCAACCUACACACAGCUAUGAGGAUGAGCAGAUUGUGUUUGCGUAUAACCCCUACAAUCUUGCUUCCCCAGGCGUCACCAUGAUCACAGAGGAGAACUACCCUUAUGCCAGCACCACUGAGUCAUACGGCUAUGCCAAAGAGGUGACCACUUUGACAACCCAUGUCCCGUAUGGAGAGGAUGCUGAUCUGGGGGAGGAGGGACCCACUGAGUGUGACUGUGAACCAGGCGAGCCUGGGUUUGCUGGCUUUCCUGGUCCCAAGGGAUCUGUAGGCCCAAAAGGAAAACAGGGAUUCCCUGGUGCUCAAGGCAGGGAGGGUUACAAAGGAACCAAAGGAGUUCGAGGUCAAGGAGGAGAUCCAGGCCCUGACGGUGAUCCUGGACCUGAUGGAGAGGAUGGUGCAUCUGGUUUCUCUGGUGCAACGGGUUUACCUGGCCUUCCUGGAGACGCAGGUGAGAGAGGAGAGCCUGGAUUAAAGGGUGAGGUUGGGAUGGAAGGUCCUAUUGGAGGAGUUGGGCUUCCAGGAGAGAUUGGCCCAGCUGGUCCAAUUGGCCUACCAGGAACUGUAGGAGGUAAAGGUGUUAAGGGAUCAACAGGAAAACCUGGGAAGCAGGGGCCCCAGGGACGACAGGGACCAAAGGGUCAGACUGGAGCACCUGGUUUUCCUGGCAAUGUUGGGGAACGGGGUUACACUGGUUAUCCUGGAAUAGCAGGAGAUAAGGGAGUGCUAGGACCAAAGGGUGAUGAAGGAAUUAGUGGCAUGCCAGGAAGUGAUGGAGAGUCUGGAGACGAUGGUCCACUAGGAGUUCCAGGAAUUGAAGGGCCACAAGGGUCAUUUGGUGCAAAGGGUUUGAAAGGGGAACCUGGACAGAGGGGACCUCCCGGGAGAGUGGGGGCUGGGGGCCCACAAGGGGAAAGCGGCGAUUCAGGGAUUCCAGGAAAGCCAGGUCCAAAAGGCCUGAAAGGUCCAGCUGGUCCCAAAGGGGAAACUGGAGAAGAUGGCAUUAAGGGUGAAGGCGGAAGAAAAGGCAUAAAGGGUGUUAAGGGAGAAAAGGGAAGUUCAGGCUCCCGGGGUGACAAAGGGCAGCAAGGAGAGAAAGGCUAUGUCGGACCUGUUGGACCUGUUGGUCGGGUGGGACCUCCAGGUGUCCCUGGCCCCAGAGGUGACACGGGUCCUGUUGGGGACAUGGGUGUGAAAGGACGCAGUGGACCAAAAGGAAACACAGGUGAAAUUGGUCCUAGUCUGACGGAUGAGCAAGUACUGCAGCUGUGUCGAGGUGUGGUCACUGCCCAGAUCUCCCAGUAUGCCUCCUCUAUUCAAGCUAAGUGUUCACAAGGCUGUCCUAUUAACAACCACACCCUAAUUGGACCACCAGGAUCCCAAGGGCCUCCUGGGAAUACAGGCAAAAGAGGAAGAGCUGGCAAAGCUGGAGCUAAAGGAGCCAAAGGGCCUCGAGGCGUAACAGGUGUAGAAGGACAGAAAGGAGCACAGGGUGACAGAGGAACAAAAGGUCAAAAAGGACAGCAAGGUGACCCUGGCCAAGGACUUCCUGGGCAAGAUGGUCACCAAGGCCUCAGAGGGUUUCCAGGUUAUCCAGGAGUGCCUAGGAAUGGACUUGAGGGACCUCAAGGGCCUCAUGGGUUCCCAGGUCCCGUGGGUCAGCCAGGUAUGGCUGGUAGUCCAGGUGUACCAGGAGUGUGUGAGGCACGGGACUGUAGCAUUUAUGCACCUGUUGUACGCAAAGAGCAAGGACUAGUAAAGGGCCCUCAGAGUUCUGGGAUUUAAGCACAAACAAAGAUGCUUAGCAUUUGGCCUGCUCCACAAGAGUAACGUAACCAAGUGGCUGUCCAGCGCACAUUUUGGAAGACUUAACU